AUCACUUAUUUAGCGAACUGGCAGGACUGCUCCUCGGCGCCAGCUGUCUGACUGUCAGUGUUUCGUGGCGUGUGGUGAGGCGCAGAGCAGAGACCCAGUAUUGUCAUGUAUUGCCGCUGACUCACCUACCGCCUCUCUUUCUUCCUGUAACGGAUACCAAGAGGAAUGGUGGAAUCAGAAUCUAUUCAUACACUUCAUACAACGAUCUCAUCGUAUAGUGGCAGCGACAACGAUGGUGAUGAUUACGGUACUGAUUAUAGAGGUAAUAAUGAUGAUGAUGAUGAUGAUGAUGAUGAUAACGCCAGUGGAGGGGAAUGAAAAACUAUGCCUGCCUGGUCUGAUUCCUUUCCUUCAAGCAUACAUCAGUCACUACUUCUACAAGGAGGUGCACGUUAUCUUCAAUGGGACAGAGGGCGCACAAAUAGUGGCAGCAGGUAGGAUGCUAUUGACAAGCUAUUCAUCAGUGACUGUGGCAUUUAUCAACUUGGCGCAGAACCCUGAUGCUCUCUUACAAGUCAUUCCCGUCACUAGUUCCCCAGGACAAGCCUCAUCUUUUCCUGCAAGUGCCUCUAACCAAGACCACGUUCAUAAUCAUAGGAAACCUCUUUUCGUCGCUAUGCUCCCGACAGCCAUUGCUCUUUAUGAUGCUCAGAAGAUAAACGUGUGGGAGGCGUCCAGGCGAGGGUCGUGGCUUUUGAUAGGGGAGGACCUGGAGAUUUUAACACCCACACACUACCAGCCACUUGAUAACCAGGUGAUGGUGGGAGUGUGGGGGCGCGGUGAUGGCGUGGCUUUAUGGGAGACAUACCAAGCGGCUCCCAAUUUACCGCAGCGAGUGUCAAAGGUGGGACACUGGCAACUUACUGACGCACAAUACAAUUACUGUCUCGAGAACGGAUCGAAGGCACUGGAACACAGGGGAGAGAGAGAAGGCCUAAAUAACGCCACAGCCUUCUUCCCAACGGAAAAUUACAUCACCAGGAGGAAGAACUUGAGCGGUUUGCAUCUGCGUUGUGUGACGGAGAGUUGGAAUCCCUUCACACUCAACAAGCUAACAGAGAUACAGGGACAAGUUGAGAUUGGUGGCUACAUGGGCGAGAUGUUUGACCUCCUAAGAGAAAAACUUGGUUUCACUUACUGUAGAGCUCCAUCCUUGGAGACUUCAAUGUUCACCACCAGCUUUGGCUUUCCUCUCCCUUCACUGACCAUCCUGUCCCCGGACGACCAGUAUGGCUCACUAAUAAACGGAAAGUGGACUGGGCUGGUAGGGGAGGUGGUGGAGAAACGGGCGGAUGUUAUUGUGGCAGCGUUGGACAAGACCUACCAGAGAUCUCUGGCCCUCGACUUCUGCUACCCUUACGGGGAUUUGGAGUACCACAUGAUCAUCCGCACACCUGAGCCUCAUAUGUGGGAUAAAUUUACCCGACAACUAGAAGGUGGGAGCUGGCUGGCCUACCUGGCGUUUCUGUUGGCGAUACCCUUCAUCUACUAUCUGCUGGCGGCCCGCUCCCCUGUGCUGGAACCCGUCACCUUACAGGAGGCAUGGUUCACUAUGCAAUCUCUCACUCUUAAUCAAGGAAACAUGGAGGUCUCGGGUCCCGCCAGAAGACUGCUACAAAUAUCAGUGGUGGCGACGUCCUGGCUCAUGAUAGCCUUCUAUACUAGUGUGCUCGUGUCCUCACUAGCCGUGCCCAUCCUGUCACCGCCCUUCACCGACACUGAGGGCCUACUGAAGGCGGGGACACACACCUUGGGACUGGAGAAAGGCAACGCGGAGGAGGAGAGACUGAAGACCUCCAAGCACCCCAAUCUGCAGCGCGUGUGGUCUCGUCUCACGGCCCCUUACCCUGACAACCUCGUGGGCACCAUAGACGAGGGAAUUAAAAAGGUGGUGAAGGAGAAAUUUGUCUUUCUGAUCGAGAAGCACUAUUAUGUGUACAACCUUAAGGAGAACUGCCAGCUGUACCAACUCCCGGAGACCAUCUUCAGGUCCAGUGCCGCCAUGGCCUUACAGAAGGACUCGCCCCUCCUGCUGCUCUUCAAUCAUGAGAUCUUCUCCCAGCACGUGGCAGGUUUGGUGGAUCGGAGCAGGACACACUUCGAGCCUGUUCACCCUCUAUGUAUCCUCGACAGUACAGGUCCUAUCAACAUCCGCACCAUGUCCACAGCCUUCCUCGUCCUCGCCGUCGUCCUCCCCUUCGCCCUCCUUAUCCUACUCCUUGAAAUCUACCUGCACCGACACUUAAAGAAGCCACGUCGAGAGGGCAGUCAGAUUAAGGAGAAAACUGAGGGUACUUUUAGGUUUCAUUUGGAGAGCAAGGAGGAAAAGUGACAAAGAUUUCUCGGGGAGAAACAAAGCACGAGGGUGGAAUGGGAUAGGAAAGAGGCAUGGGGAAAGAGUAGGAUGUAUUUAUAUUUCAGAUGAUGAGAGAGAAAGCAUCACGAUAGAAUGAGAUAGAGAAAAGGCAUGGAGAAAGAGUGGAAUGUAUAUAUAUCUUUG